AUGAUGCUUCUGCAGUUCACAGCAUUGUAUACAAGGGCGGAGUGUGGAGAUCUGCGCCAAGCCGAUCUCCGACGAGGACACCUCUCCGCAUCAAAACACACGACCAGUCCAGGCCAACAAAAGUCUAUUCAGCGGCAUCAUCACAUCCCCGACCACGAUCCGCCCACCAUGUUAUCCUCCCUCUCUUCCACCAUGGCGAACGCUCGCCACUCAAUCGCACAAGCCUUGAACUUUGCGUUGGUUCUAUCCACAGCCUUCAUGCUAUGGAAGGGUCUGUCUGUGGCCUCCGCAUCUAGCUCGCCAAUUGUCGUGGUGUUGUCUGGGUCAAUGGAACCGGCCUUCCAGCGUGGUGACCUAUUGUUCUUGUGGAACCGGAGCCCUCGCGCGGAAAUUGGAGAGGUUGUAGUCUAUAAUGUCCGAGGCAAAGACAUCCCGAUCGUUCACCGCGUAGUGCGGACAUUCCCUGAGGUCGAAGGGCGCGUGAACGCCAGGAAGGUGAAAGAAAUUACAGUGGACACGGCACCCGACUCUCACAUGCUCCUUACCAAGGGUGACAACAACCUUGCCGAUGACGUCGAGCUUUACGCCCAGGACCAAGACCACCUUAACCGCAAGGAAGAUAUUGUGGGCAGUGUGCGUGGAUACAUUCCCAUGGUAGGAUAUGUUACCAUUAUGCUGUCUGAGCACCCUUGGCUCAAGACGGUCAUGCUUGGGUUGAUGGGCCUAAUGGUCAUGCUUCAGCGAGAGUGA